AUGGCAGGAGCUGAAUCAGGCGGUCAUCAUCACCGUACGUCCCUGAAGUCGAAGAAGCCGUUCAAGUCGAGGCAUUCGUCAAAGAGUUCGGUGAAGGAUAAGCUCAAGGGAAAGGUUGAGCGUCCUACAGACGGCGCAAAGCCGAAGAAGCAUACCUCGACCAAAGCAGAUCGUCGUAAUGCUGCGAAGCAGGUUCAGGCGAAGAAGCGUGAGGAGACGAUCAGAAAUAACCGCAUUUUCGACGGACGUCGUGGUGCACCUAGGAUUGUUGCGAUAGUGCCGUUGUGUGCUGAUGUCGAUGGUGUUACUGUCGUCAAGAACUUGAAUGCGUCGAUUGAGCAGGAUGUGGAAGUGAAAGAGGGGUUGGUCAACGUCCAGGCCGAGCGAUUUAAGCAGAAGCUUCAGUACAUCGUCGUCGACCGCGACUACGUCUCCAUUGUCGACGCCUGCAAGGCUGCCGAUUUCACCGUUUUCAUUCUUUCCGCCAACCAGGAAGUCGACGAGUUCGGAGAGCUUUGCCUUCGUUCUAUUCAGUCUCAGGGUAUCUCCAACGUCGUCACCGUCGUUCAGCACCUCGACACCGUUGAUGGUAUUAAGACCAAGGCUGAUGUCAAGAAGUCCUUGUUGAGUUUCAUUUCCUACUUCUUCCCUACCGAAGAGAAGGUUCACGCUAUCGACUCCGCCGCUGAGGCGCUCAACGUCGUCCGCGCUCUCUGCACCCAACACCCAUCCGGCAUCAACUGGCGUGAGAACAGAUCUUAUGUCUUGGCUGAGUCCGUGACCUACGAGGAGGAAGGUAACAACGUGGUCGUGGAAGGAAUCGUUCGUGGAAAGGGCCUGAACGUCGACAGACUGGUGCAUAUUCAGGGCUGGGGUGACUACCAAAUCGAAAAGAUCUGCUCAGUACCCGAAGAGAACAAGAAGGGACGCGGAAUGGAUGUGGAUAUGGAGGAGGCGAACAACGUUCUUGCUGUGCCGACUGAGGAGCAGGACUCCACUGAGGCUUUGGCACCUGAAGAGGAGGAUGAUGAGGAGAUGGAGAUGGACUCUGGUGUUGAGGGUGCUGCUCAGCCUAAGGGUGUGAGAUUGGAUGACCACUACUAUUUCGACAAGGAGGAGGAGCCGGUGAAGAAUAUUAAGCUGCCUAAGGGUACCUCAAAAUACCAGGCAGAAUGGAUCACGGAGGAGGGUUCCGAUGCUGAGUCUUCCGAUGAGGAGGACGAGGAUGAUGAGGAAAUGGACAAUGGAGAGGAGGAGGAUGAGGGCUUUGACGAGCCGCGCCGUGGUAUCUCUUUCGCUACUCAGUCUGAGUAUGCACCAACAGAGUUCGGUGAUGACGAGAUGCACGUCGACCUUGACCCUGAAGAGGAGAUGGCUCAGCUCGAGGCAUACCGCCAAGCGCAGCGCGAGCGUUCCGAUGACUUGGAGUUUCCCGAUGAGGUCGAGGCACCACCAGACAUGCCCGCCUCCGAACGUUUCAAGAAGUACCGUGGAAUGAAGUCCUUCCGCACUUCCCCAUGGGACGCCGACGAGUCUGACCCCAAUGCACCAGCCGAGUGGAAGCGCCUGGCAAGGUUCGAGAACUACAAGGCGACGAAGAACAGGGUUAUCAAGCAGGGACAGUUCGGCGGUGUCGCGGCUGGUACGCGCGUCCAGAUUUACCUUCGUGAUUGCCCUCGUGAAAUCGCUGAAAAGUACGAUGGAUCUAAGCCAUUCCUUUUGACGAGCUUGUUGCAGUAUGAGCACAAGACUACUGUCUUGAACUUCCAGGUUACGCCCAAUACCGAGUACAACGAGCCCAUCAAGGCAAAGGAUCCGCUUAUCUUGCAGUGCGGUGCGAGACGGUAUGUCGUCAAGCCCUUGUACUCUCAGUUCGGUAACUCGUCAAACAAUGUUGCCAAGUUUGAGAGAUACUUGCACCCUGGCCGUACCUCCGUCGCUACCGUGAUCGGUCCCGCAGUCUUCGGAAACGUCCCUGUCCUCCUUCUCCGUGAGACCCCCAAUGGCCUUAAGCUCGUCGCUUCCGGUUCCUUCUUGGACACCGACCACCGCCGUGUUAUCGCCAAGCGUAUCGUCCUCACUGGUAUCCCAUACAAGAUCCACAAGCGUGUCGUCACUAUCCGAUACAUGUUCUUCAGCGAUCACGACGUUAACUGGUUCAAGGCGAUCCAGCUGUUUACCAAGUACGGAAAGACUGGAUACAUCAAGGAAAGUUUGGGUACGCACGGUUACUUCAAGGCGACGUUCGAUGCAAAGAUCAACCAGCAGGAUACUAUUGGUAUGUCGUUGUACAAGAGAGUUUUCCCUAGGAUGGUGGAGAACUGGAGAGCGGAGGCUUAG